AUGUUCCCGAGGCGGAUUGUCGCCGAGGCCCGAAUCCUUGCAAAAUGUCGCCGUGAGGGCAUCAAGGUGCCCGCCGUCUUCGCUGUCGACGAGAGCGCGGGCUGUCUAUCGAUCGAAUGGAUCGAUGGGGAGCCGGUCAGGGCGUCGUUAAACCGGUGGUUGCUUCAAAACCCGGGGGCUGAUACGGGCGCCGAUCCCCAUGUGAGGGGCCUCAUGAGGAGGGUAGGCCAGGCAGUGGGAAGGCUUCACCAGAUUGGCGUCAUACAUGGGGACCUGACAACGAGCAACAUGAUGCUGCGGGCCCAACCGGGCGGCGGAAAUGGCGACAACGGUGACAACGGGCUAUUAGACGACGAAAUUGUUCUCAUCGACUUUGGUCUCGCAAGUCAGAGCGUGCAGGACGAGGACCGCGCCGUGGAUCUGUACGUCUUGGAAAGGGCCUUUGGCAGUACCCACCCGCGGGCCGAAACCCUAUUUGACGAGCUUUUGGAAGGAUAUAAGGAGACUUUCAAACAGGCCCACGUGUCAAUCAAGAAGCUGGAAGAAGUCAGGCUUCGGGGAGGAAACGGAGCAUGA